GGUGGGGGGAAUGGGGGUGUGUGUUUGCUGAAGUGUGGAGUUUUGUAACAUUACCCGUAAUCCGUUUCUUACCUAAAUCGCUGUGUGUUAGCCAUAUGUAGAAGGAUUCAGUUUUUGUGGGCACCCGGGCACCCUGCCCAUGUUCUGGCGUACGUUGCAUCAUGCUACCAGCCCGGCUGAUCUUCACGCCCGUGUUGAUCGUCUGUAGCGGCCGGCGGGGCGAGCUCACGCGGGUGGCGCGGUGAUGGCUUGCAACCUCUGCGGGUCGUCUUGCGACGCGCCUCUGCUGUACGGCGAGCUUCUGCGCAAGCGAGAGAUUGUCUGCCACCACUUCUGCUUGCUAUUUUCUCAGGGUCUGCCGCAAAAUGGUAGCGAUCAUGAGGGACUCCAGGGUUUCAAGCUUCCAGAUAUACGCAAGGAAAUUAAGAAAUCUGCGCGUAAGGUGUGUCACUUCUGCCAGCGGCGCGGCGCCCACUCCCGCUGCCACGCGCCAGAGUGCAGCAAGAAGUUCCACGUCAGCUGCGCCGUCCACGCCGGCGCACUGCUCAGCUUCUUCGGCCGGUUUGAGUGA